AUGGGGGCGGUCGUGCGGGAGAUCGCCGCCGCCCUAGAGGAAGUGCCCAACGCCGAGUGCCGCCGACAGGCCGCCAUCGUGCUCGAGGGCAUGCAGAACUUCACCCUCUGGGCGUUACGAAUGGCGGACGCGACGGCCAAGCCACCGUCGGAGCUGCUGCGCGGCAACCUGCGCGUGCUGGGCGACCUGGACGGCUGCGUGGGCGUGGUGUCGCCGGGCGCGGUGGUGCGCGGCCAGUACUGCCUGGCCAACGUGCAAGUGGACACGGACGACGACACGUGGAACUACCUGCUCGACAUCGCCACCUCACAUCGCCGCGGCGGGAACGAAAUGACGCGACAUCGCGUGCAGCUGGGGCAGGCCAUCUACCCGACGACGGCGCGCAUGGAGUGGGGCGUGUGCGCGCCCGCCGCCUGCGCCGCCGCCGACGUGCAGGCCGCGCUCAACGCCGCGGCGCGCCGCCUGCUGGCCGGCACGCGCCUGCGCCUCGACUUCUUC